CGUUUAUCUAAGAGAUCAACGAUCGUGAACAUGAAGAAGAUACAAAUUUCAGUGCCAACUCGGCGCCGCCCUCCGGCGUGAAUGUGGAUCCUUCUCUCGGAUGUUCAAAGGUUUCAAUUCGCGACUUUUGUUCGCUCCUAAGUUACCUUUAGGGUUGACAGAGGUACAAUUUCUCUCUCUGCCUACCCAUUGGAAACAAUUACUGUUCUCGGAUAGCGAUCAUCACUGCUUUGCCAAUGUUUAAUGUCCUUUUCAAAAAACUGGUCCCAAUAAAAGAAAAAACAGCCCAUUUCGAUGUUCUUCGAUUCCGUAGUUUGGUUGUCAGCAGAUCGUUAACAUUAUCCUCAGCACCAGUAGAAGAUGCACAAAAACACUCGUUCACGGUGUCUUACCUUGUAAAAUCAUGUGGGUUUCCCCCAGAAGCUGCGGUCUCUGCAUCCCACAAAUUGUUCAUUCGAAACCCAGAUAGGGCGAACUCAGUUCUCACUCUCCUCAAAAGCUAUGGAUUUACCCAAACCCAAAUCUCCAAAGUCGUCAGGGGGCGCCCAUCAAUACUUGUAGCUGACCCUGAGAGUACCAUUUUACCUAAACUUGAAUUUUUUCAUUCUAUAGGAGUUUCAGCAGCUGAACUUCCAAAGAUUAUAUGUAGAAAUUACGUCCUCCUUGCUGUCAGCUUAGAGAACCAACUUAUCCCCUACUAUAAUUUUCUUAAGAGCGAAGUCCUCCUCACUGAUGAAGAAGUUGUUCAAGUUUUGAAGCGAGCACAAAGGAUUUUUCAAUCUGACGUUCAAAAAUGCAUUGCUCCCAAUAUCACAGUUUUAAGAGAACUUGGGGUACCUCAAUCCAUUGUUUCGCGGCUGGCGAUUUGUUCUCCCGGGAUUCUGCUCUUUAGUCCCAACAAGUUCAAUAAAUUGGUCAAGGAGGUUAUUGAUAUGGGAUUCAGUGCUAAUCAACGAAAAUUCAUCCGUGGAAUGGCCAUGUUUUUCAUGAUGAGUGAAUCAACCCGGGAAAGCAAAUUUGGGGUUUAUAGGAGGUGGGGUUGGUCUGAAGACGAAAUCCUAUCUGCUGCCAAAAGGUACCCGGCCUGUAUGAAUACUUCUGAGAAGAAAAUCUCAUCUGUGAUGGAUUUCCUUGUGAAUAAGAUGGGUUGGAAAUCUUCUGCUGUUGCGAGAUAUCCGCUGCUUUUCAAUUACAGUUUGGAGAAUAGGAUUGUCCCGAGGUGUUCAGUCAUCACAAUUCUGCAGUUGAAGGGCUUUAUUAAGAAGAAAGACAUGUCCUUUGCCUCAUUUUUGAAUUACCCUGUGAAUGUCUUUUGGGAUGAGUUUGUGAGCAAGUACCAGGAUGAUGUUCCAGAGCUGUUGAAUGUUUAUGAGGGGAAAAUUGAUCUUCAGGAGCUAGGAUUUGGUUAUGGGGAUAUAUGCCGGAUAAGGCAGUUCGCAGAACAGGUUGAGCAGCGAACAGAACGGAGAGGGGCGAAGGAGAGAGGCUGCAAUCUGACAAUCCGUGAAGUUGUAGGUGAACUUUGGGUUCAGAUUGUACAAUUCGAACAUUGUGCCACCACCAUGUACAAUCCAAAUGUUGAAAAGUUGAAAUUGGUAUUUUAUACGUUGAAUUUUGUUGAAUUAAAUUUGGUGAUUUCAAGCAUUCAUUUGGGAACCCCCAAUUUGAGGAGCCGGGGUUGGUUGGGGGAUGAGAUCCAAUCUGUUUUUAGAAGGUUUCCUUUAUGCAUGACCAAAUCUGACAAGAAAAUUGAGUCUGUGAUGGAUUUCCUUGUCGAUAAAAUGGGUUGGCAGUCUUCUGCUGUUGCAAGAUGCCCGUUGAAGGGCUUUAUAAAGAAGGAUUUGCCUUUGGGCUCCUUUACAAUUCUCUCUGAUAAGAAGUUCUUAGCUGAGUUCGUGACAAAGUAUCAGAACAAUGUUCCUGAGCUGUUGAAUGUUUGUCAUGGGAAAAUUGGUCUUCCAAGGCUGGGAUUUGAUGUUGGGGAUAUAUGUCAGUAUCAGAACAAUGUUCCUGAGCUGUUGAAUGUUUAUCAUGGGAAAAUUGGUCUUCCAAGGCUGGGAUUUGAUGCUGGGGAUAUAUGUCAGUUAAGGCAGUUGUAG